GGGGAGAGGGGGAGGGUACAACUAUGGAGGUAGAGAGGAGGGGGGAAAGGAGAGGUGGAGGGGAGAAAGGGAAGGGAGUGAGAGGGAGAGGGAGAGGUGGGGGACACACAGCGAGGAGAGCAGGUGGCGAGGGGAGACGGAGGGUAGAGGGUUUAAGCAGGGUCCAGGCCAGGUUGAGGGUUUUGGGAGAUCUCAGGGGAGAGUUUCAGGCUAUCGGCCCAGCAGAGAUUAUGCACGGUCGCAGGAGCGAGGGGACAAUGAUCAGAAUAAUAGGCCAUCUGUAUCCGCAGGUGCGCAAAACAGACGUGGAUGGUCCGGGGUUGAAAGGAAGGGGUUUGAAGGACGGGGGGUUGAGGCUAGGGGGGUUGAGGCUAGGGGGGUUGAAGCGAGCAUGGGAGAUGGGAGCGCGUAUGGCGAUGACCUGAUGGGGUGCUCGGCUGGGGCUGACUUGGAGCACCAGCUAGAGCGGGAGCAGCGCAGGUCUGUGUACCUCGGUAGGUCUACUACCACAGGUUGGCAGCAGCCGCAGCAGCAGGAGGAGGGGCAGCAGCAGCAGCGGCGGCCGCACGAGGAAGAGUAUGUGGAUGCUCUUUCGCAACAGCAGCGGCAGCAAUGGCGGCAGCAGCAGCAGUGGCGGCA